AUGGCCCAGACCCUGCAGAUGGAGAUCCCCAACUUCGGCAACAGCAUCCUGGAGUGCCUCAAUGAGCAGCGGCUACAGGGCCUGUACUGUGAUGUGUCAGUGGUGGUCAAGGGCCACGCCUUCAAGGCCCACCGCGCAGUGCUGGCCGCCAGCAGCUCCUACUUCCGGGACCUGUUCAACAGCAGCCGCAGCGCCGUGGUGGAGCUGCCGGCAGCCGUGCAGCCACAGUCCUUUCAGCAGAUUCUCAGCUUCUGCUACACCGGCCGGCUGAGCAUGAAUGUGGGCGACCAAUUCCUGCUCAUGUACACGGCCGGCUUCCUGCAGAUCCAGGAAAUCAUGGAGAAGGGCACCGAGUUCUUCCUCAAGGUGAGCUCUCCAAGCUGCGACUCCCAGGGCUUGCACGCCGAGGAGGCCCCGUCUUCCGAGCCCCAGAGCCCCGUGGCACAGACGUCAGGCUGGCCGGCCUGUGGCACCCCAUUGCCCCUGGUGUCGCGGGUCAAGACAGAGCAGCAGGAGUCAGACUCUGUGCAGUGCACGCCUGUGGCCAAGCGGCUAUGGGACAGCGGCCAGAAGGAGGCCGGGGGCGGCGCCAAUGGCAGCCGCAAGAUGGCCAAGUUCUCCACGCCGGACCUGGCCGCCAACCGGCCGCACCAGCCCCCGCCGCCCCAGCAGGCCCCGGUGGUGGCAGCGGCGACAGCCGAAAAGGUGGAGGCCCUCCCCGAGCAGGUGGCCCCCGAGUCCCGGAAUCGCAUCCGGGUGCGGCAGGACCUGGCAUCGCUCCCGGCUGAGCUCAUCAACCAGAUUGGCAACCGCUGCCAUCCCAAGCUGUACGACGAGGGCGACCCCUCUGAGAAGCUGGAGCUGGUGACAGGCACCAACGUGUACAUCACGAGGGCGCAGCUCAUGAACUGCCAUGUCAGCGCCGGCACGCGGCACAAGGUCCUGCUGCGGCGGCUUCUGGCCUCCUUCUUUGACCGGAACACACUGGCCAACAGUUGCGGCACCGGCAUCCGCUCUUCCACCAAUGACCCCAGCCGCAAGCCACUGGACAGUCGCGUCCUCCACGCCGUCAAGUACUACUGCCAGAACUUCGCCCCCAACUUCAAGGAGAGCGAGAUGAACGCCAUUGCGGCCGACAUGUGCACCAACGCCCGCCGUGUCGUGCGCAAGAGCUGGAUGCCCAAGCUCAAGGUGCUGCACGCCGAGGGUGACACCUACACCACCUUCAUCAGCGACACGGGCAAGAUCGAGCCGGACAUCAUGGGCGUGGAGCACAGCUUCGACGCAGCUGGCCACGAGGGCGAGGCGGGCCCCUCAGCGGAGGCCCUGCAGUAGCCACUGGGCCCUCCCUGUGGGGGACACUCCCCUCCUGUCACACGCCCCCGCCAUCCUGGUCACGAGCUACUGUCUGUCCCUCCCCAGGACCCGCGGGGGGCGCUGCAUGCUCCCAGCCCCUCUGCCUCCCUGUCCUUCCCCUUCCCUUUCGGCCUGGAGAGGACGCAGGGCAGGUGG